AUGCAGAAGGCCAUCCAACAGCGGCUGGAAGGCUAUCCCAAGCGAGCUUUGGAGCUUUCACGGCACGUUGUUCGGGCAGUGAUGCCGAAGAAGGUCGCACGUUUGCUACUGGCGUUGCCACAGUUAAUCUCCGUGAUCUUGGACCACUUGCCCACGCCACCGUCGCGCGAACUUCUCAGACUGAGAAGAGAUUUGCCUGACCACCAGUCUGCCCUGCAUUUGGAUUGCGAAGCUUUGGGGGAAGAUGAGGACACUGUGCAGAUCGGAGUGCGUUUCACUCGGCUUCAGUAUGCUCGCCUCGUGAGUCUUCGCUGCCAAGUGCCGCAACGCUUCGCGCGGAAGCGCUGGAAGUCGCCAAAGGGUGUGAAGGAGCCCAGUGAGAAGGCCAUGCAGCUGGGAGCCAUGCUAUGUGCAGGUCUUGAAGCUGCCUACUUGCAGGGCACGCAGAGUGCCACAGCGGUCCUUCGCUGGCGGGAGGUGCCGGAUUCUCUUCCUUGGUUGUCUGACCCUGAUUUUCGCAAGCGCAUGAGCCCCGAGCUCUUGCAGUCCGCACAUUCACGCCGUGCCUAUGCACAGCAAGACAACCUUGGAGAGCACUUUCGAGAGGCUUUUCUCCGAGCAUAUCAUGAUCCAGCCCUUGAGGCCAUGAAUUUGGAGGCGCAUUGGAGGGACAGGGAUGACCCAGAAGACUGGCUCCAGGUCUCCCAGGAGGAUUUAGAUCAGGAGAUGAAGGUCCGACAAGCCGAGUUCGAUCACUUCGACCAGAAGCGAAGGCCACGCUCAGCAGCUAAAGAAGAGAAGGUGGCUCCUGAAGAGUUGCAACAAGAGGUUGCAGCGAUGGGAUCAAAGAUCGCAGAUCUCUUGAAAGGAUCCUCCAGCCUUGAUGGUAUGGAAGCCGAGAAAGCGCGCGGAGCCGCGGCAAGUACAGGGCCGGGCUCCGAAAGCGGUUCCGAGACGGAUUCCGAGGGCUCAGCUGAAGGGCUUGAUGUCCUUGGCAUGGAAGAAGAUCCCGAAGAGGCCAGUGAUGAUGAAGCUGAGGAAGGUGAGAGGAUGAAGGAUUACUUUUCUGAGCUAGAUGACCAACUAGAGACCAUCUUGGAUGGGGAGCUGGCUGCCGAGAGCGCAGAGGCAGACACAGCUGCGGGUAAGACAGGAAUGCCCCUGAGCUCCCGACAUGUCAAGGUUCAUGACUCUGAUGCGCUGGAGCUUGACAUGCAUGCCAUGGAGCAUGUUUUGGCCUCCUUCUGCUCUGAGCAUCAACUGGAGCCAGGGCCUGCCUCCUUGCUCUUGGGCGAGCUUGGUUUGGCUGGAGGUUCAGGCUGUUUGGACGACAUGGACUAG